CAUGUCUACAUAAAGAACGUUCACAUAUCUUUUGUUUACACACAAACUUAAUUGCUUUCUAUUGUUAUCAUCGUGCGAGAGUCAUAACAAUAAGAUUUGAUGAAUCCUUUUGUUGUCACAUGUAACAUGCAUGUUAUUGUUUAAAAGUGUUAAAGAUCACGAAGGCUAUUGAAAUAUAUUAUUUUAGAAAAAAGAACGAACAUAACACUUAAUAUUUAAAAAAAACUAAUGUUGCUACUUUUUAAAACUUUUAGUAAUUCUUUAUCAUCGAAGCAUAUUUUUUAACAUGCUAAACUUUUAAAAGUUCUUCUUAUAAAAAGCAACGUUUAACAGCGCAAACGGAAAAAACCUACAAUUAUGCUGAAUUAAAAUCAAUGUCACUUUCAUUAUGUUUUUUUCUGUUUAAAUAUUCAUUCAUGCUAUUUUUAGCUUCACACCAAACAGCUUUCUUCCGAUCCUCACUAACAGAAUAAAUGUUAAAUAGAAUAUUUUUAAUAUAUUCCACUUUAGCCACAUUUAAAGGUUCUUUCGUUAUCACUUGUCCGUUUUUAACAAUACUUGUUCCAUACAUGCUGCGUCCCUGCCUUUCUGAAAACGGGAAAAUCCGUCGCAUCAAUCUUUGCGCAAAAUUUUUUUUGGAAUGUGAACGGUUUUUGAUGUUGACAAUUUCCAUGUUGUUCAACAUCCAAAUCGCGGUUAGCCUACUGUAAGAAGUGGUUAGCUGAAGAAAAUAGCUUCAAUGAUGUGAUGUUUACCGACGAGUCCUCCAUUGAAAUCAAUAGACACGCUGUUCGAUGCUUCCGAAAAAAAACUGAAAUGCCAAAACUAAAGCUAAAAGUUAAGCAUCCGUAUAAAGUUCACGUUUGGGGAGGAAUUUCGCGACGAGGCAGGAGUACACUUCUCAUAUUUAUAGGGAUAAUGCGUAAGGUAAGGCGUUAAGAACAUUCAACUGCGAAAAAUUUGAACGCCAAAAUAAUUUUUUUUGCAAAGUUCAAUGUUCUUAAGGUGAGGUAACGUCUAUCUGUUUCUUUAGGAAUUUUUCGUGGAGGAGAUCCUUCAAAAUACAUUAAAACCGUCGCUGGACAAGUUAUACCCUGACGGGCAUCGAUUUUAACAAGAUAAUGACCCGAAGCACACAUCCAUUCUUGCAAGAGAAUUUAUGCAAAACAACAACAUAAAUCACUGGCCAACACCCGCUGAAAGUCCAGACCUUAACCCAAUAGAGAUGCUGUGGUCUGAAUUAAAACAGUAUCUACGUCGGCGUGUCAAACCGUCGACAAAAGAAGAAUUGGUCAAUGGCAUUAAAUUUUUUUGGAGAAAUGUUACUGUAGCAAAAUGUAAUAAAUACAUUGAUCAUUUAUAUAAGGUUAUUCCAAUAGUUAUUGAAAGAGAAGGUCGAGCAUCUGGACAUUAAAACAAUGUUUUUAUUUCGUUUCUUCCCAUUUUCCGGAGGCCCAUUUUUAAAUUUUUUAAAAUGCGAUCUAAAAAAGCUUUUAUAUCGGCGUUUUUCGUUUUUAAACUUUUAAAAUGCGAUCUAAAAAAGCUUUUCUAUCGCCAUUUUUUCGUUUUUAAACUUUUAAAAUGCGAUCUAAAAAAGCUUUUCUAUCGCCAUUUUUCGUUUUUAAACUUUUAAAAUGCGAUCUAAAAAAGCUUUUCUAUCGCCGUUUUUCAAUCUUAAACUUUUAAAAUGUGUUCUAAAAAUCUUUUCUAUCGCCGUUUUUCAUUUUUAAAUUUUUAAAACGCGAUCUAAAAAAGCUUUUAUUUUUAAAGUUUUAAGUAAAGUGAGUAAAAACAAUAAACCUUUGUUAAAUUUUAUUUUCGUUCGUGGAUCUCUUGACGACUGUAGCAAUUAAAUACAACAAUGGGACACACACAGUUCACAUGAGCUAAUUAAAUUUCGCGAACAAGACAUGAACUCUAUUGUUUUCAACAUGCAAAAAUAGCUCAUGUAUUUAACAAUAGGUUAACAAUAACAACGAAAGUUCUAAGGCUACCGAAAGCUCAAGCGAAGGUGAUAACUAUCGCGUACAUGUAAAGUUACACGCAGGCGGUACUGUAGGUUGGUCAUUAUUCUUAUAUCGAUGUUGUUUUAAACAAUAAACCUAUUAUUAUUUGAAAACACAUAAAAGAAACUUAUACAAAGCUUUUCAUAAAUUACAUCCUCAAGUAAGUACAAUUCUGUAUAAUUCACCCAAUUUAAAGCGUAGCUACGGUUUCAAACUCAUUUUAAUAAGUUCUCUAAGGGUGAGCAUUUGCUUUAAAAUUUUUUUUUGCAAUUUGGUGUGCAAAGAUUUUGCCUGGAAUCCUAAAUUCAGCACUGAACUAUUUGAAAAUCAGCAAAUAUUUCUAAAUCUUAUGGGUUCCUGUUAUGCUUUGGUUUAUAUUUUUCCAUGUCUUUAUUAUAGAAGCAUUGUGUCUGCUGAUCAUCAUUCUUUUUUCAGCAUAUGCAGGGAAUUCCAUAAAGAAAACAACAAACUUGCUGCAAACCGCACGCAUGAAUCUAUAUUAGAGAAUUUGAGCAUGUCAUUUUUUUGAUUUUUUAAUUCACUUUAUAGAGUCCCUUGAACUUGCUUACCCUAUUCAAGCAAAAAAAACUUCGCAUAACUGGACCCCGGAUAACUAGGACGCCCGCUAUGUAAUACAAUUUUUCUCGGUCCCUUGAGGCAAAAACUUCGGAUAAGUGAGACAUGUAAUGGAAUGACUUCAUAUUUUUUUUACUUGAAACAGAAGACAUUGCAUUGAUUUUAAUGAAAAACUUGUCAACAAAUCUAUUCUACACAUUAGUUGUUUCUUCACGAGUGCAGUCAUGCCUCAGCUAGGUCAAAAAAGGAAGCUGGAAUCCACACCGAUAACCAAAAAGUAUGUUAUACUCAAGGAAAUUGAUAAAGGCAAGGUCUUAUAUCUGUUGCUCUUAAACAUGGAAUGUCCAAACAAACUGUUUCAAACUGGGUUAAACAGAAGAAAAAGAUUUAUGAAGCUGUUGAUUCAAAUUCGUCAACAAAGAAGAGGCAUAGAUUUAAACCGUCAACACCUUGAUGACGCUUGCUACAAAUGGCUGGUAAAUGCAAGGGCUCAGAACAUUCCUGUGUCUGCCUUGGUUUUGAAAACCAAAGCUAUUUGUUUUGCGAAAGAGCUAGGAUUGACCGACUUUAGUGCAUCAGAUAGCUGGCUUGAUCGCUGGAAGAAAAGAAAAAACGUAUCCUUCAAAACAAUAUCAGGAAAAAAUAUUAAAGAUUAUGGAAGAACAGGCUAAUUUGUUUAAAGAUGAUACUCUUAAAGGAAUUUCUUUAUCAAUAAAAAAUCUUCAACACCAAGAAACAGAAGUAAAAUCAAGUAAUCCAGAUGCAGUACAUUCAAUAACAAAAUAUAAUCCCCAUUUUAGAAAUCUUAUCAAUUUCUUAGACCUGGCUUUUUCAUUUGGAUUAAAGGACCAAAGAAAAGGUUACUGGCCAUUCAUUAAAAAGAUUGCACAUUCAUCAGUUGUUGAGAUGAUAGAAAAACAUAAAUAUGCAUCAAAUGAAAUUAAAAAAGGCUACAUUUGGCUCUUUCUAACAUUCAUCGAAGACUCCUUGGACAGUUAUUUGAAAAUGAUGACGAUGGAAACUAAAAUGAUUAAGUACUUUUAUCAAAGGUAUUCGCUGCUUCGGGAUACUGAGAGAUGCGAGAUAUUGUUUAAUUUGCUUGUUGGAAUGGAGGCACUGACAUUCUCUUUAUUAUUUGAUGAUCCUUACAUGGAUUAUGGUCAUGAUCCUGUGCUUCGCCAAGAAAAAAUAAUCAUUCGUGUGCAAGCGUUGUCACAUAAUUCACAUGAAGUACAUAAUACACAAACGCAGUUUCCAUCUCAACCAGAUGUUACCAUUUUUUCCGAUGGGGGAAAAGCUGCCAAAUAUCCUGAUCUAGUUUCAAAUAAAAAAAAUUUUCAAACAUCGGUGAGUAUAUCAGAAGAUGGAGCAGAUAUUGUGCAUCAUAGAAAACAUAAAAGUACAAAAAAGAAGAAACGUAGAACGGUCAGUGCUGGUGAUGAAUUUAAAAAUAAUGAAAGCGAUGAUCUCACUAUCUCGGUUGAAAUGGAAGAUGAUAACUUCAUCCCUGAGAUUAUAGGAUCACCAGGCUACACAGUGUGUUUACCAGAAGCUCCAAGCGAAAUUCUGAAAACUUCUGACCCAAUGUUAAAAAGCUUUUCAGAGCAAGAUGCAAACUAUACAGCAUUUUUGAAUGGUUAUGUCCAAGAUGAAGAUGUGAAAGAAAAUAAUGAAGAAAAAACAAAACCGGAAGAAUUUGAAGCAUCCAAUGAAGAUGUUGAAACAAAGCUUGAUAGAUUGAGUUUACAAGAAAGUGAAGGCUACAAGUUUACAUAUGUAUCCGAUGAUGAAAAAGAUGAGGAAGAUUAUGGUAUAUACAGAGCUGACUCGUUUGAUCGUUUCUGCCGAAGAGGAUCACCAGAUUUAGGCAGCAUUACUGAUGAACAAGGUGUUCUUGCAGAAGCGGACAAUGCAUCCUCCCCAGUUGGAGUAGCUCCUAAAAUUACAAGGGAGAAUCUGACACAUUCUCCAAUUUCUUCAUCCAUCUCAAGAUCAAGCAUUGAUAAGUUAAAUGAUGCAAGACUGGACACGAAAAGUGGAAUCUUGUUGCCUGCUCUUCCCCGAAGACCAAAUUACAAAGAAGCUACUGAGUUGAUGUGUAACGUCACUUUGGAUCAAAGUGCAAAAGUUUUAAUAUCAUUAGAAGUGUUUGAAAAUCCUACAGAAAGCCUGGUUCAGAUGUUCAUAGUUUCAAUUGGCCAUUUCGCUGGACUGAACUACACUAUGAAUUUGCUUAUCUCAAAUUUAACAAUAUAUUUAUUAAAGACGAGAGACACUGUUAAUUCUGGAUUUAUCAAUAUGUUAUCAAUUAACUUUGAUAGUGUCAAUAAAGUUCAGAUCGGUUUGAAUUAUCAAGAUAUUUUCAUAUUUCACGAUCAUGGUUGUUUACACGUUUCUACUGGGGAUGAAAUUGUGACAAGGUCUAUCGUUUCAACAAUUAAAUCUAUCAUUAAAUCUAAUCAAGAUGUUAAAGACGGAAAACAUGAAAUCAUGGCAGCUAAUACAAACAAUGAACUGGACUUAGUUAUCCAAGAUUGGAUUAUAUGCAACACAGGUGUUGAAGAACCUGAAGUUAAGCAUUUUUCUCUCAUCAAAUACUCUUUACUGUCUUCACCUAAAGGAAAAGAAAAGGUCAUGAAAGCAGGACAUGUCCAUUUCAGACAUUCGUUACUUGGAGUCAUGUCAAGAUGGGAAGUGGGAUUUUUUGCGCUAAGAGGAUAUAUACUUAAUCAUUAUUCCACCAAGAGAAAUGAUUUAAAACAUUCUUACAAUCUGAGCGUCAAAUGCGGUGGCUGUAUAAGAGCUGGGUCGGAUGAAGGAUUGUACAUAUUUAAGAUUAUCGGAAAUGAUGGUGCGACCCCUUUUCUGGAGUUAGCUGUGGAGAACGAAAACGAUGCUAAUGACUGGCUGAUGACGAUAUGUCAAGUCGUAGCUGAUGCUAAAAAUGGUCCUGAACAAAAAGCAGAACCGGGUGCUUUGAUAAAUUGUGGCCUGGUUUCUACACACGAUAAGUUGUUCUUGUUUAACCAAGAUCCAAAAUCAGGCCGUUUGUUAAUGGAAGACUCGUGUAGUAUACAAGAUGUAACACAAGUAUGUGUGGAUAAUCAAGUCAGAACACACUGUACACUAUUUAUUGACGACCACAUGGAUGAGGAAAGCAAUUCAAACAAAACAGUCUGGUUGUUCUUAUUUCCAUCAGAAUAUGAACUUGGGAAAUUUGAACAGAAGUUAUACGCUUGUUGGCAGUCUUUAUAUCAAGUGCCUUUACAGUUUGUUUUGCUGUCUGACCAAGAACUUAAGGAAACUAUAAAAAGUGUUUUAAAUUACCAAAACAAAGACCAACCAGACAUAGGACGACAGUUAUUAUUGGAGUUGACGAGUAAUUAAAUAAAAAGGGAAGUCUGGAUGAUUCGCAUUAAGUUUUAUUUUUAGUUUUAAUAAUUUUUAUGCCACUCUCUCUCCUGGCGUCUUUAAAUUGUAAAUAUAUGUUUCUCGGCUUAAUAUCGUUAUCUUAUUUUAUGAUUUUCAAGAAGAGUUUUUCGUGAGUUAUAGUAUUUCUUUGUGGUAACUUUUUUGCGACCUGUUCAGUGAUCUGAAAUAUCGUGAAAUUCUAACGAAAAUAUUUCCCACCAAAAGUAAUUGGUUUAAGAUACACUUACACAGCUUCUAUAUACAAAUGUCUUAUACAGGGAAAUACUAAGACUUUUCUCCUGAAAAAAUUUACCAAUAUUUUCAGGUCAUAAAUUACUACGGACAAAAUUAUUGAUGACAUAAAUUAUUGGGGAUUUUGCCCUAAACCGCGAUAAUAAAUGUGAGGAGUAUAAAAAGGAAGAAAAAAGCUUCUUCGCAAAAUCGAACGAAAAACCGAAAAUUGUUGGGCUAUCUUAAUAAUUUUUACCGCAAAAACAUGAUAAAGCCUUCGAUUAAUAAUAAUUGAUGUCGCAGUUAAUUUAACGGCCCUUGACUGAAAAAAUCUUAAUUAGAAAAGGUAUCUGUCUUUAGUAUGAACCACACCUAAAAGCACAAAUAAGAAUAGUUAGUAUCGUCACAGGUUCGUUCUUGUGACCCUGUUACAUAAAAUUAUUUAUUCUUGUUUUAUAUAACGAAUUUCUAGCUUUUAUUCGAAACUCGAUUUUUUAUGAAAAUAAAAAAGGCGGCCCGAAAUUAGUUUAUAAAUAUAAAUAUAUAUAUAUAUAUAUAAUUUCAUAUAUUUUUCACAUAUUUUAUAUCUUAAACACGCUGUUUAUAUUUAAUAGGUUUAUAUUGUGCAGCCUUAUUUUGAAUAUAUGUUUGUUUGUUUAUUUUUUGUUUGUUUGUUCGUUACAACAAUAUAUUAUGUAUUCUGUUCUCCAUUUUUUUGUAAUCAAAUAAAUUCAUGUUUUUACCAAGAA